AGAUUCGUUGAAGAAAGUUUUUAUUAUUGAUCAAAUUAUUAAAAAAUUAUUAUUGGAAAAAUUACUAAAUCAUGGAGAAAUCACUGUUAGAACAAAUCGGACAAGCUGAAGAAAACGCGACUAGAAUGACAAGGGCUCAAUCAGCAGCUUUAGAAAGAAGUAGAGCAGAUACGAAAGAAGAAGGGGGAUCCGGGAAUCAGAUUCAAGAGCAAAAUCAAGGACAAGACCAACAAAAGGAAAGCAACACGGGAGAGAUUGGAAAUAGUCAACAGAUAAAAUCAAUAAAUGAAGAAGGACAAGGAGCUGAAGUAGCGGGUCAACAAAACUCAGAAGAUCAACAAAGAAGAGCUGAAGGCGAUAGAAAUCAAGAAGCGCAAGAUGGAGUAGAUGGUAUUCCGUUUAUUCAAAUAACCAACGCGGAUGAAUCGGAAGAUGAGUCGUGGCACCCACCGACAAGAAGUCAAAAAGGGAAGAAUCGGAAAUUAUUGUCACAUUCAUCACUCGAUAUCAGAUAUUCGUACAGUGCCCAUACGGUUCAGUUUUCCUUGUAUGGAAAUGUAACUGUGGAACCAAGAUGGAAGUCCUAGUAGUUUCUCAUAAAGAGAAUGUAACUACGCGUAGGAUAACAUAGUUUCU